GCGCACGCCGAACGAAAGACCAAACUAAAACGAAGAGUGACAAAGGUAAAGGAGGAGAUGGCGGACCCGAAACCAAGGCGACUGAAGGGUCACAAGGCCACCGCCACGUGCUGCAUCGCCUCAGCCGCUACACCCGGCCUCGUCGCCUCCUCCGGUGAGGAUGGCUGCAUUUGCUGGUUCGAUAUGCGAUGCAAAGAUGCGAUUGAUAUCAUGGAGGUGGGAGAGGAACCCAUUUCAUCCUUAUGUUUCAGGCCAGGAAAUGAAAAUAUGAUAUAUGUUGCAUCCGGGAAGCAAGUCAAGAGCUUUGAUGUCCGUCUGGGGAGUUCAUGCUCGUGGAAGCCCCUGGAGAGCUUCGAUUAUAACAAAGAAGAGAUAAAUCAGAUUGCUUGCAGCUCUAAGUCCUCUUUUCUUGCUGCUCCCGAUGACGGCGGUGAAAUUAAGAUUAUUGACAUUCGCCAGAAACGAAUUUACAAAACAUUAAGAGAUGGCCAUACAAGUAUUUGUAGCACCGCGCAAUUCCUUCCUUGGAAACCUUGGGAAGUUAUCACGGGAGGUCUUGAUUCAAAGCUUGUAAUGUGGGAUUUCUCCAAGGGGCGCCCGAACAAAAUUAUGAACUUUGAUUUGCCUGAUGCAAAUAAUGGCAAGGCCAAGGAACAGUGUUUUAAUCCUGCUUUUGUUCACUCAAUAGCAGUUCCAGAAAUGGAUAUGUUAGACAAAUCAGACAAGGUUUGCAUUGUGGCUAGGGGUGAUGGUGCAGUUGAUGUAAUUAAUCUAGAAGCUGAACUUGCUCACCUGAGGUCAAAAGGUUCUAAAAAACCUCAGAAAGGAUCUCAAUCAAGAUCGAAAGGUACUGAUCUAGAAAACCCAGAUCAAGAAGGAAGGAAAAGGUUGCAUUUGGAUUACUCAUCCGGCGGUCACACUGCUGCUGUCUCUUGCGUGGCAUUUUCGUUAUUUGGAGAUAGAGGAAGAUUUAUAAUUUCAGGUGGAAAUGAUAAGUUGGUAAAGGUCUGGGAUUGGACCAAGUGUAUUGAUGAAGGUAGCAGCAGCGAUCUUCUACAGUUAAAUAUCAACCACAGCAAAAAAGUCAACUGGCUCUGUACCACUCCGGCUGAUACAGAAAACCUAGUUGUUUGUGAUACAACAAAGGUGGUAAAGGUUUAUUCUGUUGCCUAGAUUAAAGCCGCGCAAUCAAUGACUGGCAAACUCGUUCCCAGAUAUCUGAAAACUUGUUUACUCUCUGCGUAUUGUGCCUUGAUCUGCAAAUCCUUAAUCGCCAUAAUCAGCUUGCUGCACUUGACCCGGCAACCUUCUGCUUCGGGACUCACCCUGUAUUCGAUGACCUGUAGACGUUUCCUAUGUGUAAGUUGGGAAAUCAGAUGCUAGUCUGUAACUCUAUCAUGUCACUGCUGGUAUCACAUGUUAUGUUGUUUUCCUUUUGGAGUUUUGGUUGGUAUGCAAUAUCACAUACCGUUGUAAUCCAUGAUAUGAUAAUAUUGUUGAAGCGAUGUUGACUCAA